AUGGAAGGUGUUAGCCAUCGCCCGGGGCACGAGCGCAACAUCGAUCCAAGUCCGGACCCUUCACCAGGUCUAUUAAAGGAGCCGAACUCUCCCUCCCGUUUUACUCCCAGCUCCGGCUCCCAGCUCCGGCUCCCAGCUCCGGCUCCCAGCUCCGGCUCCCAGCUCCGGCUCCCAGCUCCGGCUCCCAGCUCCGGCUCCCAGCUCCGGCUCCCAGCUCCGGCUCCCAGCUCCGGCUCCCAGCUCCGGCUCCCAGCUCCGGCUCCCAGCUCCGGCUCCCAGCUCCGGCUCCCAGCGUGA